AUGAAGUCUUCCCAAUCUCUUGCUCUUGUCGCCGCCCUCGCCGGAUCUGCAUCUGCAUUUACUCCUGUUCAUCAGCAAGCUGUCUCCACAACAACUGCCCUGUUCAAUGGAAAGGGUGCUGGAGGUAUGGCUGAUACACGUGAUCCUGAAGCGUUCAAUGAUGACGAUGCCCGCAAAUCCAUCAGCGCCGCCCCUUCCUUUGAAGAAUACUUGAAGAGCCGUGAUACCGGUGGUGCAGAUGGAGUUGCUUAUGUUUCUAGCGGAAAAACCUCGACUGGGAUGGAUGUUUCUGGAAACGCUUGGAAACCUGACAGCGAGAAGAUGGGAUCCACCGAUACUGGUGACUACUUCCCUGAAGGAUACAACGCAGACGAUCAAAUUGAUUUCACUUCUGGUAUGAUGGGAUCUCAGUCUGGCGGAAGCCAACGUGAUGGUCCUCAAUUGCCCGGAUUGGAAAACUUGGGAGCAGAUGCCAUGGUCGCUGGAGGUCUUGUAAUGGAUUCCGAGAUUCCUGCCGACAUGGAAUUCAUUCCUUCUUCCGUCCCAGAUGGCUCUCAUGAAUUCCAAGUGGCCUCCACUGGAACUGGCGAGGGUAUGACCAUUGAAGUCAAGCCAGUUUGCAUGACCUUCGAAGAUUACUAUGCUGCCUUUUCCAAGGACUCUCACCCAUCUCUUUCGGUCAGUCCCGCCGUCGGUCGCAUGGACCGACGAGGAGGAGAAACUACUCUUUUGGACAUUACCUGCGCUCCCAAUGGAGUUGCUGGAAAUUUGGAGGGAGACUUGGUUAUCAACCUUCCUGAAGACAACAGUAAGAUCUGCUUCAAGAUCACUGCCAGGUCUGUCUAA